CGUGCAUUCGUGCUAUCGUGCCCAAGAGCUGGCCGCGCCGGUGGCCGUGGGCGCGACACCGAUGGGAGAAAAGAAUCAGUAUAGACAACACGGGCAGCAGCGACUCUGCCAGUCCGCCUACCGCGAACCGCGCCAAAGGACCAAGAAUUCCACAGGUUUUAGAUGAUGGGCUCGCCCUCCGGCGCACUUGGUCAUGUCGCGCGUCGCACUCGCUCCGCCGAGGACGGCGGGCCGAUUUGUCCUCCUUAUUUAGGCACCGUCUUUUGUCCCCAUCCGAGCCGAACCAAGGCGCCAUGGGCUCCCCCGUGGUGCGGCACGCGCUCCUCUUGUCACUCCUCUGCGCCGGAGCACUCGGUUUCUUGCUCUGCUGCCAUGGCGCCGCGGUAGCGCCGGCCUACGUCACCGUCUCCGCCGCCAGCUUCGCGCCGUCCUCAACGUGCAGCGCCUCCGACCCAGUUGCGCCGCAGCAGAACGACACGUUCACCGUGCUGCGGCUGACGCACCGGCACGGGCCGUGCGCCCCCUUGCGGGCGUCCUCCCUGGCGGCCCCGUCGGUCGCUGACACGCUGCGCGCGGACCAGCGCCGGGCGGAGCACAUACUGAGGAGGGUGUCGGGGCGCGGCGCGCCUCAGCUGUGGGACUAUAAGGCGGCGGCGGCGACGGUGCCGGCGAACUGGGGGUACGACAUCGGCACGUCCAACUACGUGGUGACGGCGAGCCUCGGCACGCCGGGCAUGGCGCAGACGCUGGAGGUGGACACCGGCAGCGACCUGUCGUGGGUGCAGUGCAAGCCGUGCGCGGCCCCGUCGUGCUACAGGCAGAAGGACCCGCUCUUCGACCCCGCCCAGUCGUCGUCCUACGCCGCCGUGCCGUGCGGUAGGUCCGCGUGCGCGGGGCUGGGCAUCUACGCGUCCGCCUGCUCGGCGGCGCAGUGCGGCUACGUGGUCAGCUACGGCGACGGGUCGAACACCACGGGCGUGUACAGCUCCGACACGCUGACUCUGGCGGCGAACGCCACGGUGCAGGGCUUCUUGUUCGGCUGCGGGCACGCGCAGAGCGGCGGGCUGUUCACCGGCAUCGACGGGCUUCUCGGAUUCGGCCGCGAGCAGCCGUCGCUCGUGCAGCAGACGGCGGGCGCGUACGGCGGGGUCUUCUCCUACUGCCUCCCGACGAAGUCGUCCACCACGGGGUACCUGACGCUGGGCGGGCCGUCCGGCGUAGCGCCGGGCUUCUCCACGACGCAGCUGCUGCCGUCGCCGAACGCGCCGACAUACUACGUUGUGAUGCUGACGGGCAUCAGCGUCGGCGGGCAGCCGCUGAGCGUGCCCGCGUCGGCGUUCGCCGCCGGGACGGUGGUGGACACCGGCACGGUCAUCACCCGCCUGCCCCCGGCCGCGUACGCGGCGCUGCGGUCCGCGUUCCGCAGCGGCAUGGCCUCGUACCCGUCCGCGCCGCCGAUCGGGAUCCUGGACACGUGCUACAGCUUCGCUGGGUACGGCACCGUGAACCUCACGAGUGUGGCGCUCACGUUCAGCAGCGGCGCGACCAUGACGCUGGGCGCCGACGGGAUCAUGUCGUUCGGCUGCCUCGCGUUCGCGUCCAGCGGCAGUGACGGUAGCAUGGCCAUCCUCGGCAACGUUCAGCAGCGUUCGUUCGAGGUGCGAAUCGACGGCUCCUCCGUCGGGUUCAGACCCAGCUCUUGCUGAUCCAUCUACUCACCGAUUAACAGCCGUCGACUUCUGAUUACACAUUACUGCUAGUUGUAAGUACAGCAAGUAUAUGCGUGUACGCACGUAAGUACACGAACGUAUAGAUAUAUGUACAUGACAGUACAGACAAUACAUGUGAGUAUAUACCGUACACUGUCACUGAUACAUAGUAGCGGUGAAAGUUCUUUA